UCUAGAUUCUUUGAUAAGAUAAUAACUUCCUCAGACUUUAGAUCUAUUUAUCGAGUUGAUUCCUUUGAAAUUUCAUUCAUCUGAGUUAUUCCAGGUUGUACACUUACAAUGGAUAUAAUUGAAAAACUGAAAGCUAAAUACAAGCUGUCUUCUGAGACGGAGACAUUUCUUAAGAUGAAAUUGGAUCAAUUAGCCAAUGGUGGUGCAUUGGAAGGAGUUGAGUCCCCUAGCAAGGAUGACACCAUAGAACCCAAUGAAAAAAUAGCAGCAGAUUUUGAUGGACAAGUUAAAGAGUUUUCAGUGCCCUCUGCUGGGGUGCCUGAUGGAAUCCCCAUUGAUGUGAUCAAACCAAACAACUGUGCUCGUAGACCUGGUAUACUGGUUAACUUUCAUGGAGGUGGCAAUGUUUAUGGCUCUAGGAAAACGACAGAGGCUCUGUGUAAACUCCUGGCCAAGGAGUUGAAAUGUGUGGUUGUGAAUGUUGAGUAUCGCUUGGCUCCAGAACACAAGUUUCCAGCCAUGUUUGAUGAUGGUAAAGCUGUUGUCCGAUGGGUGCUGAUGAAUAAAUCACUUGUUGGCGGUGAGAAUGACAGUAAAGUUGGUGUGAUAGGUUCAAGCUCUGGAGGAGGUAUUGCAGCUACGAUAGCAUUUGAAGUGCCAGGACUGGAUUAUCAGAUACUGGUGUACCCUUUCCUAGACUGGCGUUGCCAAGGAAACAGCUUUGAUGAAUUUGAAUUCCCUGGCAGCAGUAUAAACAUGUCAGAAAUGAUAAGAAAAGGUGUAGAAAUGUGCAUCAGGACAGAGGCAGACAAAACUAAUGUCAGAGCUUCACCUCUUUUGCGUAACGACUUCACUGUUCUCCCUCCGACACUUUUAAUUAUUGCAGAGAUAGAUCCUUACAAGGAUUCUAAUUAUGAGUUUAAGUCCAAAAUGAAGGCAGCCAAUGCUGUCUGUGAGAGUAAACUGAUGAAAGGGGCUAUACAUGGAUUUUUUUCUUUGCCGGGUCAGUUCCAAGAAACCAACCUCAGAGCCAGAGAGAUCAUAGCUCAGUUCUACAAAAAGUAUGGCGUUUGUUAAGUCUUGCUGGACUUAGGGACUGAAAAAAAAAUGUUGAGUAACAACAUUGAUACCUGCAAGACUCCAGAGAGCCUUUAAAUAUGCAUCUAACAUCUUCAUGGGAUCUAAACCAUUGCUCGCAAGAGAAAAGAAUAUCUACAAGGCUCACUUUUUCUUUGUUCUAGUCAAUGAAUAGAAGCUUUACUUCAAAUAAAAUGUCGUCUCACAGCGCUACUUUUAGUUAUAAACAACUCAGCCCUAUUUUAUGACUGAUGUGCUUUCUAAUUAUUUUGAUACUUUAUACAUUAUUUUUAUUACUGUUUGAAUUUUUAUAUUUAAGCGCUUACAAAAAGAAAUAAUCUGAACUUCAAAACUGAAACACUUUAUGAUAACUGUUAUUAAUUGUAUUUCUUUUUGAACAAAAUUGUUAUCUAUUUCUUUUUAAAAUGUGUUUUAGUGAUGUACGAAAGUAUGUCUUUACAAAAAGUAACUUAAGGUUGUUUUUUUUUAAAUAAUUUUACUGACCAACAAAUAGAAAAUUAAUUAUUAACUAGCUUGAAGGAAGUUUUUUUGUUUUUUUUAAAAAUAUUUUUUGUUUGUUUUGUCACAGGCUAUUGCAGUACUAAUUAUUGUAUUCUGGAAAGUUCUGCUUCCUAUAUUUCUAUAUCUAGAUUUAACUAGUCUGAUGUAAAUAUCUUUAACCGCAUUGUCAGUAUUCAUGCAACUUAACACUAAAUCAUUAUUAAAAUUGUUUUCCAUGUAAAGAGACAUUAACUAGUAUUUACUUAGAACAUUGCCCGUUGGUUCUGUUCUAAAAAGAAUUCGCUCAAGGAUACAAGUACAUUAAGUGAACACAGUUGACUCAACUCAUCUGAAUCACUCUUCACACAAUCAUCUCUUAUUAAAGACAUGAAUUUAAGGAUUUUCUAGAGAUAUACGUUUGACUUUAUUGUUUUGAUGCUUUCUUCUAUACCUCUGCAUAUAUAUCUAGGAUAACUAAUUCCUCUAGGUGCUAACUUGUUAUUUGACUUUCAGUGUGUGUUAUUUACUAGGCUUGGUGUAUUUCCCGAUAUUUCUGUGUCUCAGAGUCUCUAAUGCACACAUUUUGAUAUGCAGCUUUAAACGUUUCAUAUUUGGGUAAAUAAUUAUUUGUUCUGUAUAUGGAUUGUUGGAUUUUUUAAUUUUCUUGUUGCCACGUUAAAAUCAGCGUCAGAUUAUUUUUUCCUCAAAUUGUACUUUUGAGUGCGUUGAUAUUUUUAAAGGGUAAGUGUAUUGGAUGUUUUACAGUAAUAUAUGUGAUUAGUUCUUGGCCUUGAGACUCCUUAGUACACAUCAAGAGUACUGACCUGCUGCUUUGGCAUGUAUCUAAUAUUUAGACAAAGAUAAUGGAAACAAGAAAACUUGUACCAUACAGAGAAAUAUAGAAAAUGCAAUUUUUUAGUUCAGUAAAUUACUUGACUGUUAUAGAGCAGGGAAGUAGGCAGGGUGAAGUAUUUAUUUAUUUUGAUAAGAAAUGGCACUCCAUACUUCAAAUUUCACAUCAUCUGUUUCAAUCUGAAAUGACAGA